UGAACGCGGCAGCAGAAGCCCAUCUGUUGGAUAGGGAAACUAAUCAGGAGACAAGUAAAGACUUUCCAGUACUGCUAGCUUCUGGGCUAGCAAGGCUUUAAAGUCUGCCGUCCACAAGACUAAGGAAUAAGACUUUGUUUGUGAAGUACAGAACGUCCACUGUACAAGAAACAACAUCUGAGCGAUGUUUUAGGAGCAGUUUUGUUGUUGCUGUGAUAGUAAAAGGCGAUUAGCCUCUGGUCAGCCGAAGCUUGCGGCUAGCUCAUUAACGUUAGCUGGGAAAGAAGUGCAAGUGGAGGCAGGAAAAUGGAGCUGGACGACGUAGUCCUGUAUCAGGACGACUCGGGCAACUCUGCCAUGAUGUCUGAGCGGGUCUCAGGUCUGGCCAGUUCGAUAUACAGGGAGUUUGAACGGCUCAUCGAAAAAUACGACGAGGACGUGGUUAAGGAGCUGAUGCCGCUGGUCGUCGCCGUGCUGGAGAACUUGGACUCGGUGUUCGCUGUCAACCAGGAGCACGAAGUGGAGCUGGAGCUCCUGAAGGAGGACAACGAGCAGCUCGUUACCCAGUACGAACGGGAGAAGGCACUGAGAAAACACGCAGAGGAGAGGUACAUCACCUUAGAAGACUCCCAGGAAGGCGAGAAGAAGGACCUCCAGUGUCGGCUGGUGCUGUUGGAAUCUCACACCCGACAGCUAGAGCUAAAAACUAAGAACUAUGCAGACCAGAUUAGCAGACUGGAGGAGAGAGAAACGGAGCUUAAGAAAGAGUACAACGCCCUUCAUCAGAGACACACUGAGAUGAUCCACAGCUACAUGGAGCAUCUGGAGCGGACUAAACACCAACACGCAGUGACGCCGGCAGAGCCCUCAGAUACAGGAACAUCAACCAGAACACGGAAGGAGCGCCCAAUCUCAAUGGGCUUGUUCCAACUUCCUGCAGCUGAUGGUAUGACCCCUGACCUCCACAGAGAACCCGUGGACACCCCAUCUGUGCCGUGGAGAUUCAACAACCUUAGCCAUCCGCGGUCCAACACCAGCCUCAAGGAUGAACUGGCCCACGUACACCCUGGAAGCCCCAAGUCCAACACGCAAACCAACCAGGGGAGCGUCUCCAAAAAUGGAACUCCUGUGUCUUUACAAGAUGGAGGAUCCAAAUCCACCGCUCCCAUGUCCUGUCAGGGUGGAACCUCUAAAUCAAGCACCCCCACAUCUACCUACAGCAGUAAUUCUCAGUCCACCACACCGUUGUCUCUUCAUGAUGGUGGGUCCACCGGCAUGAGUCCCAUGUCUAGUCUUGGGAGAGGGUCUGCUUCUGAUGUCGCCAUGGAGUCUUUGGACACUCCCCUACAGAACCAGGAAGCUUCAGACGGCCUCAACAAGAACCUGGACUGGAACAGUGGAAAGCCAGAGAGCAAUAAGAACAUAUCAGCGGUGCAGGAAGGACAGCAGAGGGGUCCAGAGCCUGAUACUACACCUCUUAAAAGUGAUGAUGGAGCGGAUAGCCUGGAGAAGUCUGAGGUGCAGGCCAUCAUAGAGUCCACCCCUGAACUGGACAUGGACCUCACUGGCUGCAGAGGAACAAGCACACCGACUAAAGGUGGUGUAGAGAAUCUAGCGUUCAACCGCAACACCGACUCUCUGUUUGAGGAGCUGUCGUCUGCAGGAAAUGACCUCAUAGGAGACGUGGAUGAAGGAGCUGACCUUCUGGGUAUGGGUCGGGAAGUAGAACACCUUAUCCAUGAGAACACCCAGCUACUGGAGACCAAAAAUGCUUUGAAUGUGGUGAAGAAUGACCUGAUAUCCCGCGUGGACGAGCUGUCGUGUGAGAAGGAGGUGCUGCAGGGAGAGCUGAACGCUGUGACUCAUGCCAAGACCAAACUGGAGGAGAAAAACAAAGAACUAGAAGAAGAACUUAAGAAAGUCCGAGCAGAGCUGGAGGAAGCCAAACAGAAGGUCAAGAAUGAAAAUGAGGAUGAUAGUGAUGUGCCUACAGCGCAGAGGAAGCGCUUCACCAGGGUGGAGAUGGCCAGAGUGCUGAUGGAGAGGAACCAGUAUAAGGAGAGGCUGAUGGAGCUGCAGGAGGCCGUCAGAUGGACGGAGAUGAUCCGGGCUUCAAAGGAAAACCCAACUCUUCCAGAGAAGAAGAAGUCCAGCCUCUGGCAGUUUUUCAGCCGUUUGUUCAGUUCAUCGGGCGGAGGGGCCAAGAAGCCGGCGGCGGAGGCCCCAGUGAACGUCAAGUACAACGCACCCACCGCUCAGAUUCAGCCGUCCGUCAAGAAGAAGAGCAGCACGCUGCAGCAGCUGCCCAGUGACAAGAGCAAAGCCUUUGACUUCCUCAAUGAGGAAGUGCCGGCUGAUAAUGUGGUGUCCAGGCGAGAGCAGAAGAGGGCUCAGUACCAGCAGGUCAAAGCCCACGUCCAGAAGGAGGACGGCAGAGUGCAGGCAUAUGGCUGGAGCCUCCCGAAGAAAUACAAAGCUAACGGUGGUCAGGCAGAGGGAAAGAUGAAGAAUUUGCCUGUUCCUGUCUUCCUCAGUCCACUAGAUGAGAAAGAUGCUUCUAUGAAGCUGUGGUGCGCUGCCUGCGUGAACCUUUCUGGAGGUAAAACCAGAGAUGGAGGUUCGAUAGUUGGAGCCAGCGUGUUUUACAGUGACGUGUCGGGACCAGAGAGCCCUAAAAAGAAGAUCGGAUCUCAGAGCAGCCUGGACAAGCUGGAUAAUGAACUCAGGGAGCAGCAGAAGGAGCGUCGGCACCAGGAUGAGCUGUCAUCACUGGUGUGGAUUUGCACCACCACCAAGUCCACCACUAAAGCUGUCGUCGUUGAUGCCAAUCAGCCUGGAAACAUCCUGGAGAGCUUCUUUGUUUGUAACUCCCAAAUCCUCUGCAUCUCUAGCGUACCAGGUGCAAGAGAGACAGACUACCCAGCUGGAGAAGAAGUGUCUGCAAACUCUGAGGUGGGACCAGUGGGAGACAGCAACUCUUCAGCAACCAAUACCAGCUCAGUGGGUGGUGACAGCGUGCUUGGAGGCAUCACAGUGGUGGGCUGUGAAGCUGAGGGAGUAACAGCUGUUCCUCAGACAGCAGGAAAAGAUGGAGAAGCCGAAUCCAGAGCGGCGGAGGAAGCCACAGAGGCAACAGAGACCGGCGUAGGACCUGCUGAACAACGAGAGAGCCUGAGGGAAGUCUACACUGAGCACGUCUUCACCGAUCCACUGGGAGCUCAGCACAAAGUAGAGACUCCAGCCAACUACUCUCAGAGGGAGAGUGAUCUGUUGAAGGAUGGCGUGAGCUCGAACCCCGGCGCAGAGGAGCAGGACCUGAUGAGAGAAGAGGCUCAGAAAAUGAGCAGCGUUCUGCCCACCAUGUGGCUGGGGGCGCAGAAUGGAUACGUGUACGUGCACUCCUCCGUGGCUCAGUGGAAGAAGUGUCUCCACUCUAUAAAGCUGAAGGACUCUGUGCUUGGCAUAGUACAUGUGAAAGGACGUGUGCUGGUCGGCCUCUCUGAUGGCACGUUAGCCAUUUUCCACAGAGGUGUAGAUGGACAGUGGGACCUGACAAACUACCAUCUGUUAGACUUGGGGAGGCCUCGCCACUCCAUCCGCUGCAUGACUGUAGUGCAUGACAAGGUGUGGUGUGGCUUCAGGAACAAGAUCUAUGUGGUGCAGCCUAAAGCCAUGAAGAUAGAGAAAUCGUUUGAUGCCCACCCUCGUAAGGACAGUCAGGUACGUCUGCUGGCCUGGGACGGCGACGGUAUCUGGGUGUCCAUCAGACUCGACUCCACCCUCAGGUUGUUCCACGCUCACACCUACCAGCACCUCCAGGAUGUCGACAUCGAGCCCUACGUCAGCAAAAUGCUGGGUACCGGCAAACUGGGCUUCUCGUUUGUCAGGAUCACAGCUCUGAUGGUGUCGUGUAACCGUCUGUGGAUCGGCACCGGCAAUGGAGUCGUCAUCUCCAUCCCUCUGACAGAGACAACCAGCAAGGUUACCAAGGCAGCAGGUAACCAGCCGGGAGGUGUAGUUCGCGUUUAUGGCGACGACAGUGGCGACAAAGUCACAGCUGGGACGUUUGUUCCCUACUGCUCCAUGGCUCACGCUCAGCUCUCUUUCCACGGUCACCGCGAUGCUGUCAAAUUCUUCACAGCUGUUCCAGGUCACACAGCUCCAUCUGCAGCGUGCGCAGGAGAGGCAGCCGGUGACAAGGCGGCAGAUGCUGCAACUCAGGAAGGAGCUAAGUGCAUGCUGGUGAUGAGCGGAGGAGAAGGUUACAUCGACUUCAGAAUGGGCGAUGAGGACGGCGAGCUGGAGGAGGCGGAGGACGCCCCCAUCAAACUGCAGCCUAAAGCUGAGCGCAGCCACCUUAUCGUUUGGCAGGUCUCUGUGACGGAGGGCUGAGCUCUCACUUUUCAGCCGCUCGAGGCCUGAUUUGCCUUUUCUCUCAAACCGUGGAGGAGUGGAGGUGGGCGAGCCUCCUCUGCGGGCACGAGUUUAAUCAGCACUUUUUCUUCCUCAGCCCUGAACAAUAAGAGUCAAACAAGCAAAAACUGCUCAGAGCUUCUCCUCAGCGAUAAUCUGGAUGCAUGUUAUUGUUUUAUUACGUCUUCUCUUUUUUUUCAUUUUAAUUUCAAGGAUUUGAAAUGUAAUCUGUUAUAAUGCCUCCUGCUCUUUUAAUAUUAUUUCAUGUAAAGCGGUCGUUGAGGAUAAAACCGUUAUUUUCGUUUGUUAUAUUCGACAUUUCCAGGUUCCCUCCACUCAGUCCGGUGUCUCCGGGCCCAUGGUUGGCCUCGGCUUAUGCUGAGUCGGUUAUUCAAAACAGAAAAAUGACCACGUAUGAGUUCCCUUUUCGCUCUUUGUAAAAUGUUAGAUGGACAGCCAUUUGUUGAAGCCUUCAUUGGACAGCUUUGCUUUUGAAAGUGUGCAAGUCUUUAAGUCAAAUGCAGUAUAGCACGUACCCAGCUGGUUAGUAUCUGUUUAUUAUCUCCAUAUUCAAUGAGCAGAAGCAGUAGCCCAGUUUGUGCCUCGUGUGUUUCGUCUACAUUCAAGUCGCACAUCUGUCCCAACACGGAAGCACCAAAGACUGCAGUUCUUCUAACAGCCACUAGAGGGCCCAUAGACUCCCAUCUUUAAACUUCAGCCGUGAACAGGUGUGAUGAAGGUGCUCUUUGGGUGUGUGUCUGUAGUUAGACCUGCACAAUUUAUGGCUGCAGCUUGCACUGUUAUUGGAUAACUUGGCACGCCACGCUCUCGUCCUGCUGCGGUCACUUCUGGCUCGAAAAGGCAAACGAGGCUAAACUGCUGAUGUUGAGGCUUCAGAAUGGAGAUUGAGGGAAAUCUGCUAAUCUUUUCCAUGCAGUCACAGAUCUGUGCGUGCUGCUAUAUUUAAAAAAAAAAAUAUAUGAAAACAUGUGAUCACUAUUUGAAGGUAGGUUAAGAUCUUCCCAAAAACAUCUUUAUUUUUAUCUUGCUUCACGUGGAGCAGCGUUUGAGCUGUUUGGUUUAAAGAGUCUUUCGGACUUCAGGAAUUACUCAGAGCAGCAGUCAGAUAAACUAUAAAACGUCUACGUUCACACGGGUAUUUAUGGUCCCCUUGAAAAAGCUCCCUAAGCUUUCAUGUAGCACUACGUCACCUGUAAAAUCUCGUAACGUUUUGAUUUUGAGAUUCUCUCACUGCCUCUGGGACGUGACUUUGGGCAGAUUUUUCUUCCUGAAAAUCAGAUGCUUAACUCUGACUGUGUUCAUGCACGAGGGGCACAAACUGCAGCUCUAACAGAGUUCAGGUAGCAGCUACAUUUAACUCACUGAAAAACUGCUGACAGAGGUUUUGAUGAAAUGAAAUGAAAAGCAGCAGCUGCUCUGUGUGUGUCUGUGUGUGUGCCACAGAGCGCUGCUGAGUCCUUUAGGUAUCAAGGCUUGAAAGAACAAAUGUGUAACAAAGUAUUUAUUUUUAUUUUCUCAGAAGAAUGCUCUGAUUGUUACCAAAGGUAAAAGAAUAUAAAGUUUGCCACAUGCUGAAACAGUGCUAGUGUCUGGUCUAAAUAACGGCUCCUUCCAGCAGCACGUGUAGAUACUGUGCAGGUUUUUCUAACAGGAUUCCUAGUGUAUAGAUGAGAUCUAUUUUUAGACUUUCAUAUGUGGGAGUAUUUUUAGGGUGUGGGGAAGAGAGAACGUGCUGAACCCAAAACUGAGAGGAUUAACCCCCCCCCCCAGUCCCGAUCUUCACGUUUGGAGCUAAAAACUGGAAAUUAAACACACUUUUCAUUUUGCAAUAAUACCGAAAGCUGGUGGCAGAGCUCGUUUUGCCACCUUUUGUAUGAACUUUUCUUUCUCGUGUGUGUUUCUGGCCUGUGCGUCAGUGCGCUGCACUCAUGUUGUUGUUUUGUUCUCUGUGUGUUGAACUGUGUGAGAGGCGCGUCCUCGUCACACGAGGGCGUGUGUGUCGUCUCUCCCGGAGAGGAGGAAAAAAUGAUUUUGCAGUUUAGCCAUUUCAGUAUUUAUUUACAAUGAUUGAGCCUUUGCAAUUCAGAAUGUAUCUUUGUACAUUGAAUAUGAAUAUAUUUGAUUAUAUAUAUAUGUAUGAAACAUGAA